AUGAAUAUCCUGGAAUGGGCCUUUGGGAAGCGUAUGACGCCUGCCGAGCGCCUGCGCAAGAACCAACGCAUGCUGGACAAGGCUAUCCGAGAACUCGAUCAAACGCGCGUCAAGUUGGAGAGGCAAGAGAAGACACUAAUACAGCAGAUCAAGACGAGCGCCAAGAACGGGCAGAUGGGUGCCUGCAAGAUCCAGGCCAAGGAUCUGGUUCGUACACGGCGGUACAUUGAAAAGUUCUUCGCGAUGCGCAGUCAACUACAGAAAAUCUCGUUGCGGCUUCAGACUUACCGAACCAACGAACAAAUGAUGCAAGCGAUGAAGGGUGCUACAAUGGCUCUUGGGAGCAUGAACAAAUCAAUGAACCUGCCGCAACUCCAACGGAUUGCCAUGGAAUUUGAGAGGGAAAACGACAUCAUGGAGCAGAGACAAGAGAUGAUGGAUGACGCUGUUGAUGAUGCUAUGGAUGUGGGUGUCGAAGAGGAAGGCGACGAGGUUAUCGACCAGGUCUUGGAGGAAAUUGGCGUCGAGUUCAACCAAGCUGCUGGCGAAACACCGCUCGCCUUGGGGAAUCCUGCCGUCUCUGAAGGAAGAAUUGCUCAGGCCAUCGGCGGGGAUAGUGGCGGCGAUCCUGUUGACAACGACCUUCAAGCAAGGUUUGAUAGUCUGAAGAAAUAG